CUUAUCUUCCACCCAAACUGGAGCCUAGCAUGUGGCAGCGAGUUUCUAGGUUCGAGGGGUGGCCCUAACUCCCGGCAGAACUUACUGUUGUCGCUUCCUUUACAAACACGCGACAGUCCAUGCGCUGCUUGUAAGAGUUUGUUUCUGAGCUGGAGCUCUGCGCGCUGGCCGAACGCGGACAGCCGGCAUACAUGGCUCGCAAGGAGCAAGGGGCGCGCCUAUGCCCUGGGCACACCGCGCUCGCGGUUUGCCUGUGCCUUGUAGGUCUCUUCUACAUGCUCGUCGAUGUUGAUGGCCUCUCUCUCUCUUGCGUGCCAAGGGUGCUGGUCUGGUCGCGGGCCUUGGUGUGGCGCCUCCACAGCAGCCCUUGCUUUCCCCUCUUCCAUCCUGUGAUGCAUGCAGGCCCUACUGGCGGGCAGGCACCAGGUGGCAACGAGCAGGAGCUCGAGCAGUGCCGCUGCCGCAAGCCGCUGGGGCAGACCGACUGCCAGCACACAGAGGACGUGGGUGUGCGCUGCCUGGCCGCGACAGAGUACCGACUGGUGAUCGGCACCAACGACAACGAAGGGCGGGUGGAGGUUCGGCUGAAAGACAAGACGUGGGGCACGGUCUGUGACGAUAACUUUGACAAAAACGCCGCGGCGGUGGUAUGUCGCGCCCUGAGCCGGCCGCACACGGCCGCACUGGCGCUGGGCAGCGCGCGCUUCGGCGAGGGCUCCGGCCCCAUCUACUUUGACGACGUGCGGUGCCGAGGCGACCAGUCCGACCUGCAGCAGCAGUGCAGCUUCCGCCAGCCCGCCGGCCCCAGCGACUGCAACCACUCCGAGGACGUGGCGGUGCGCUGCCAGGACACCCUGGAGUACGCGCUGCUUGACGGGGCGCAUGCCAACGAGGGACGGCUGCAAGUUCGGUUCAACAAGACCUGGGGCGUCGUGUGUGAUCGAUGACGACUUCGACAACGCCGCGGCGGCGGUGGCGUGUCGUGCCAUGGGCAAGCCGCACACCGGCGCUGUGGCCCUGCCGGGCGGCACGUUCGCUGGCAGCAGCAGCACCAGCAGCACCAGCAGCAACACGCCCAUCUGGCUGGAUGAUGUGCAGUGCAUGGGCGGGGAAGCAGAUCUGUUGCAGUGCCGCUACCUGUGGCCACCGGGCUCAAACAACUGCCAGCUGGACGAGGCGGUUGCCGUGCGAUGCCAGGAUGGAGCAGACACUAGUAGUGGCGACGGCGGCGGCGGUAACGUGGGUGCACGGCGGCUGAGGGCGCGGAUGAGGGUUGGAAGUUUGUGAGAGCCUGCCGGGUAUAUCGUGGAGGGCUUACGCCUUUGUGCAUUUGAAGAGGUGUAUGUGUAUUUGUGUGGGGGGUGCGGGGGGGGGUGCGCGGGGGGGGGGGGGCGUGUACGUAUACCAUAUCGUAGUAGAGUGGCCCGCUUAGCUGUACUUUGCGUACGAUGCUUUGUUCCAGCAAGACUGAGAGUUAUCGAAGCAGCAAGGUGAAACAAGGAGA